CUUUUUUGUAUCGAAGGAAUCAACAGCCGCCAUCUUGUCGUGGCUCGGAAUUAGGAUUUCGGUCCAACAGUGGCUUAAACGUAGAAAUCGAGCCUCCUUUCCGCGGUAUGACAGCCCCCUUCCUCCGAAAACGACCUCUUAACAUCGCCUCGGAGACAUUUUGUGCGAAAAAACGGGAAUUGGAUCGGUGGUCGUCGGGCGAAAACGCUCCGUAUUUCUGAUUUCCCCCUUCAGAGUGCGGAGAUCCAGCCCCCUUCAGCCGCUCCCGGACCAGUCUUUACCGGGAGCAAGCCGAGACCAGGUCGGGACUUUCGAAGUGAUUUGCAAUAAUACGGCAUUUUUAUGCAAUUGUGCAUUUUUUUUGUGGAGCUUCGCGCGAUUUUUGCAUGAAGAAAUUUUACGUCACGCAAAAUGGGUUCUCGGAACAUGUAGAUGUUUGGACCUGUCCCCCGGAAUGCAGCACAGCCUCUAACGGGAUCCGCACCAAGAAGUUGGAUUAUUUUUUUACAUGGGGGAUAUUUAAUUUGGGGGUGAUUUAACGAUAAUAAUGUGGGUGUUGGGUGUUGGAUUAUCAUGGGGUGAAUGGCGGUGGCGAAGCGGGGCGCUGUUGCAUCUCUUUUGAAAGACUUUCACAGCACGGAGGAGCUAACCAAUUAGCUCGCUAUUAGCCAGUUAGCAUACGUUAGCAGGCUGCAAGCUUGCUAAUGUGCUAACCGGGGAGGUUCGGGUUGAUAGAGAAACCCCCCCCCCCCUUUAAGGUAACCGUUGUUAUCAACGUGAACAACCGACUGGACACGAUAGCAACCAUGGCGGAACACCUGCUGGACGUCGGACCUCCCAUCUCCAAGCGGCCGAAGCUGAACUCACCUGCCCUGUCAGCGUCCGACGGACCAGAUCUGGGCUCGCUAUCCUGGGCCGAUUUGGAGAACGACCUUCCAGAUGAGUUGAUCCCUAACGGUGGAGAUCUCGGCCUGAUGGGAGGGAUGCCUUCUAAUGGUGGAGCAGCACCUGGAGCUGGCGGUCCAGGCGGCCCUGUAGUCCCCGAUGCGGCCGCCAAGCACAAGCAGCUCUCAGAGCUUCUUCGAGCAGGUAGCACCUCCAGCAUCACCGGGAUGAACUCGGCGAGUCCCCAGCAAGGUGGGAUGGGUCCUCAGCUGGGUAAGAGCCCCCUUGGCCAGGGCUCCCCCAACAACCACCCGUCCCCCAAUGCCCAAAAAGCAGGAACCCCGACCGGAGUAGCAGGACAGAACAACAACAAUAACACUGCAACAAUGGGCCUGAACCAAACAGGCUAUAACCAGGGCCAUGCUGCGCUGCUGACUCAGGGGGGGCAGCCUCAACCUGGCCAGGUGAUGAAUGGGGGUCUUGGACCCGAGACUGGAAGAGGACGAGGAGCAGGGGUGGCAGGCAUGCAGUACCAGGGGCAGACAAUGCCAGGAACUGCACCAGGACCUGGAGGAGCAGGGAGUGCGUUGGCAGAGACACUCACCCAGGGAGGGCAGCAGAUGGGGGCUCACGCCUCCCUUAGUGCGGCCCAGCAGGCAGGCAACAUGAACAAGAUGGGCCUGGGCAGUAACGGUGGUCCGUUUGGGGCCCAGCCCUACGGUCAGGGUGCCACAGGACCCGGCCAGCAGCAGCUCCAGAACAAGGCUGCCCUCGCCAACAGCCUGCCGCCAUUCCCCAAUGAGCUCAAAGGGGCCGCUGUGACCAGCGUGCCAAACAUGCAGCUCCAGCAGCAGCCACAGCAGCAGGCGAUGCUCCCCCUGGCUGCAGGCGGAGGCGUGGCCGUGCCUUCUGCUGGUCCUACUGCAGACCCCGAGAAGCGCAAGCUGAUCCAGCAGCAGCUGGUCCUGUUGCUUCAUGCGCACAAGUGCCAGCGACGAGAGCAGGCCAACGGCGAGGUGAGGGCCUGUGCCCUGCCUCACUGCCGCACCAUGAAGAACGUCCUCAACCACAUGACCCACUGCCAGGCCGGCAAGUCCUGCCAGGUGGCUCACUGUGCAUCGUCCAGACAGAUCAUCUCCCACUGGAAAAACUGCACGCGGCACGACUGUCCCGUCUGCCUGCCGCUCAAGAACGCCAGCGACAAGCGCACCCAGCAGCCCAUGCUGAGCUCCCCCAACACAGGCCUCCAGAACCCCAUGGCCUCAGUUGGUGUGGGCCAGCCCAGUGCUCCCACCAUCAAUACCUCAACCCCCAUAGACCCCAGCUCCAUGCAGAGAGCCUACGCAGCACUUGGGCUGCCCUACAGCAGCCAGGCCGCGGGGCAGACCCAAGCUCAGCAGGCUGCAGGCCCAGGACAGACCGCAGGCGCCCAGAAUGCACAGGCCCAGCAACAGCAGCUCAGACCCAUCAAUGCACUUGGUAACCAGAUGGCUCUCGGAGGAGCGGCGAUGGGUGUGGCCGCUUCAGAUCAGACGAACCUGCACACAGACUCGCUUUCCAACACACUCAACACUAACAAUCAGCUGCUGUCAGACGGUUCUGUGGGCUCGAUGGGAAACCUCCCGACAGCAGCACCCAUCUCUGCCACGGGCACCCGGAAAGCGUGGCAUGAGCAUGUCACUCAGGACCUGCGAAAUCACCUCGUGCACAAACUAGUACAAGCCAUAUUCCCGACCCCUGACCCUGCAGCGUUGAAGGACAGAAGGAUGGAGAACCUGGUGGCAUACGCCAGGAAGGUGGAGGGGGACAUGUACGAGUCGGCUAACAGCCGGGAUGAGUACUAUCACUUCCUGGCUGAGAAGAUCUAUAAAAUCCAAAAGGAGCUGGAGGAGAAGAGACGCUCGAGGCUACAAAAACAAAUCAUCAACCAGGCACCUCUGGCGGCCCAGGGGACCCAGCAGCCUGGGCUACCCCAGACCAACGCCUUCAGCCCGAGGCCUCAGAACGGACCCGUUCCUCUGCCCAACAUACCAAACCAGAUCAUGAAUCGCAUGCAGGUUUCACAAGGAAUCAACCAGUUCAACCACAUGGCUCUGCCAAACGCACAGAUAUCCCAGGCACCGAUGGGAGUCCGAGCUGCCUCCCCCAUGAACCACCCGCAGCAGAUGAACAUGAGCACAGUCCCAGCGAUGGGGAUGUCUCCCUCCAGGAUGCCCCAGGCUCAGGGCAUGAUGGCCGGACACGGUGGUGCUAACAUGGUGGGCCAGACGGCCAGCCAGGGGCAGUUUCUGGCUCAGACGCAGUUUCCUCCAGGAUCUGCUGCGGUCGCUGCGACAGGCACCAUGAAUGUCACCGUGGGGCCAGGAAUGGGACAGCCGCAAGCACAGGCUGCCGUCACCCAGCAGCAGCAGCAGCAGCAGCCGAGCGCUAACCUCCCCAUGAAUGCACUUGGCCCCUCGCUGGGCCCUCAGCUAGCCUCCUCCCAAACCCCCUUGCACUCCACGCCUCCACCUGCCGCCGCCUCCUCGGCCUCCACGGCUGGGGGGGCCACUAACCUGCCGCACCCCCAGCCCUCCAGUCGCAGCUCCACCCCCACCCUCCCUGGCCCUGCCCCAGCCCCAGGUGCCACCCCACCCCGCCCCACCCAGCCCCAACCCCAGAUGGAGCUCCCCGCAGCAGCACAGACGCAGCCCCCGCCUCAGCCCCCUACCACACCGCUUUCUCAACAAGGAGCCAGUCUCGAUAACCGGGUGCCCACGCCGGCCUCAGCCGCCAGUGCCGACCUGCCCACCCAGGAGGUCAAAACAGAGACGCACCACGACCAACAAGAGUUUGAGGCCGCUGGCGGCAAAACUGAGCCCAAGAUGGAGACUGAGGACGACACUUCCUCAACGACGGUGAAGAAGGAGGAGCCAGAGGAGAAGCCGGAGCCAAUGGAGGUGGAGGAGAAAAAGCCGGAAAUAAAGACUGAACCCAAAGAAGAAGAAGAGGGCAGCGCCAACAGCACCACCUCCUCCUCGCCCUCUCAGUCACGGAGGAAAAUCUUUAAGCCGGAGGAGUUACGCCAGGCUCUGAUGCCGACUCUGGAGUCUCUGUACAGGCAGGACCCCGAGUCCUUACCCUUCAGACAGCCGGUAGACCCCAUUCUUCUGGGUAUCCCGGACUACUUCGACAUCGUUAAGAAUCCAAUAGACCUGUCCACAAUAAAGCGUAAGCUGGACACAGGUCAGUACCAGGAACCGUGGCAGUACGUGGACGACGUCUGGAUGAUGUUCAACAACGCCUGGCUCUACAACCGCAAGACGUCGCGUGUCUACAAGUUCUGCUCCAAACUGGCCGAGGUGUUCGAGUCCGAGAUCGACCCCGUCAUGCAGGGUCUGGGGUACUGCUGUGGCAGGAAGUACGAGUUCUCCCCACAAACCCUCUGUUGCUAUGGCAAGCAGCUCUGCACCAUACCCACUGGAGGGACCUACUACAGCUACCAGAACAGGUAUCAUUUCUGCGAGAAGUGUUUUAACGAGAUCCAGGGCGAGAAGGUGACGUUAGGAGACGAUCCCGCACAGCCGCAGACGAUGAUCUCUAAAGACCAGUUUGAGCGGAAGAAGAACGACGUCCUUGACCCUGAACCGUUUGUUGAAUGUAAAGAUUGUGGACGGAAGAUGCACCAGAUAUGUGUCCUACACUACGAUGUCAUUUGGCCGUCUGGAUUCAUCUGUGACAACUGUCUAAAGAAGAGCGGGAAAACACGCAAGGACAACAAGUUCUCUGCAAAACGACUGCAGUCCACCCGAUUGGGAAUGUACAUAGAGGACCGUGUGAAUAAGUACUUGAAGAGACAGAACCACCCGGAGGCCGGAGAGGUGUUUGUGCGAGUGGUGGCGAGUUCGGACAAAACGGUGGAAGUCAAACAAGGAAUGAAAACGAGGUUUGUGGACACAGGUGAAAUGCCCGAAACCUUUCCAUACAGAACCAAAGCACUUUUCGCCUUUGAGGAGAUUGACGGCGUGGACGUGUGCUUCUUCGGCAUGCACGUGCAGGAGUACGGCUCUGAGUGUGCAUUCCCCAACACCAGACGGGUCUACAUAUCGUACCUGGACAGUAUUCACUUCUUCAGACCGCGGCUUCUGAGAACAGCCGUGUACCACGAGAUCCUGAUCGGCUAUCUGGAAUACGUCAAGAAGCUCGGGUAUUCCCAAGGUCACAUCUGGGCGUGCCCUCCCAGUGAAGGAGAUGACUACAUCUUCCACUGCCACCCCCUUGACCAGAAGAUCCCCAAGCCCAAGAGGCUGCAGGAGUGGUACAAGAAGAUGCUGGACAAGGCCUACGCAGAGAGGAUCCUGCACGACUACAAGGACAUUUUCAAACAGGCGACAGAAGACCGUAUCACCAGCGCUAACGAGAUGCCGUACUUUGAAGGAGACUUCUGGCCCAACGUUCUAGAGGAGAGCAUCAAAGAGCUGGAGCAGGAGGAGGAGGAGAGGAAGAAGGAGGAGAACACGGCGGCCUCUGAAACUCCUGAGGGCACGCCAAGUGACAGCAAGAACGCCAAGAAGAAGAACAACAAGAAGACCAACAAAAACAAGAGCAGCGUGAGCCGAGCCAAUAAGAAGAAGCCUGGGAUGCCGAAUGUAGCCAACGAUCUGUCCCAGAAACUCUACGCCACGUUGGAGAAGCACAAAGAGGUGUUCUUUGUGAUCCACCUUCACUCUGCUCCCAUGGCCAACACCCUGCCGCCCAUUGUUGACCCGGACCCCUUGCUCUCCUGUGACCUGAUGGACGGCCGUGACGCCUUCCUGACGCUGGCCAGGGACAAGCACUGGGAGUUCAGCUCCCUCAGGAGGUGCAAGUGGAGCUCCAUGUGCAUGCUGGUGGAGCUGCACAACCAGGGACAGGACCGCUUCGUCUACACCUGUAACGAGUGCAAGCACCAUGUGGAGACACGCUGGCACUGCACGGUGUGCGAGGACUUUGACCUGUGCAUUGGUUGUUACAACACCAAGGGGCACGAGCACCAGAUGGUCAAGUGGGGCCUUGGCCUGGACGACGACAACAACAGUCAGAGUGGAGAGGCCUCCAAGAGCCCGCAGGAGAGCAGGCGCUUGAGUAUUCAGCGCUGCAUCCAGUCGCUGGUGCACGCUUGUCAGUGCCGCAACGCAAACUGCUCUCUGCCGUCCUGCCAGAAGAUGAAGCGAGUGGUGCAGCACACCAAGAGCUGCAAGCGCAAAACCAACGGCGGCUGCCCUGUGUGCAAGCAGCUCAUCGCUCUGUGCUGUUACCACGCAAAGCACUGUCAGGAGAACAAGUGUCCCGUCCCGUUCUGCCUGAACAUAAAGCACAAGCUCCGCCAGCAGCAGCUUCAGCACCGCCUCCAGCAGGCCCAGCUGAUGAGGAGAAGAAUGGCCACCAUGCAAGGCAGAACUAUGCCGCUCCCGUCCCCGCCAGCCUCAGCUGCCCCCAACACUCCCACAUCCCACCCUCAGCCCAACACUCCCCAGACUCCCCAGCAGCCCCUCUCCAACCAGCCACAGACCCCCAACUCAGCCGGUGUAAUGUCCCCGUCUUUCCCCAGCGCCCCCCGCAACGGCCAACCCCAAGCUCCGGUGUCUCAGGGCAAGGCUGGGCCCCAGGCCUCCCCUCUGCACCAGCAGCAGUCCCCCCUCCCCCAGCAGCCCCAGCCCCCCCAGCAUCUUCAGCAGCAGCCCCCCCCUGCUGCGGUCAAGAUGGCGCGGCACAUCGAGAUGAUGGCACAGGCCCAGCAAAACCAGCAGAACUACCGGGUCAACAUGAACGGCUUGCCCAUGAACCCGCAGCAGCCACAGCCGCGCAUGACUGGACCGAUGCAGCCACCCAUGCAGAUGGUGCCGGGUCCCAGAGGACCACAGGUCAUGCAACCAGGCAUGGCUCCAGGGCAGUGGCCUGUCUCUGCAGGGCCCAUGCAGGCAGCCCAGAACCAACAACCUGGCCUUGUCCCAGGUCAGACCCCCCAACAGCCCAUGCCCAUGCAGCGAGCCAUGAUGGCUCCCGGACCGCAGCCUCAGACAGGUGUAAGGAUGAUGAUUCCACAGCAGCCAGGUGCUCGGCCUCAGACGCCUCAGAGACCGGGCGCCAUUGCCCCAAAUGCCCUGCAGGAUCUGCUCCGCACCCUCAAGUCCCCCAGCUCACCACAGCAGCAGCAGCAAGUCCUCAACAUCCUCAAGUCCAACCCUCAGCUAAUGGCUGCUUUCAUCAAACAGCGAACAGCAAAGUACCACGCCAACCAGCCCCAGCAGCAGCAGCAAGCUGCUCAGCAACAGCAGCCCGGUAUGCCGAUGCAGGCCAUGGCCAUGCCAGGAGGGGCGGUGCAGAGGCCGGGCAUGCCCCCUCAGCAACCCCAACAGCCUCCUGCACAGGGCAUGGCUGCAUUAGGGGCCCAAGGGCAGCUGAUGAACCCAGCACACAACACCAACCCUCAGAUCCAGGAGCUGUACCGCCGGCAGCUGUUACGGCAGCAGCAGCAGCAGCAGCAGCAGCAGCAGCAGCAGCAGCAGCAGCAGCAGCAGCAGCAGCAGCAGCAGGGAGUGAUGCCUCAGGGCCAUCCGGGCCAAUUCCCCGCCCAGGCUCAGGGCACAGCAGCUACAUACUCCCAGCUCCGCAUGCAGCAGCAGCAGAUUGCCAUGCAGGCGGGCACAGGAGCAUCUGGGGGUCCAAUGGGGCAUCUACCACCCAUGGCUCAGAUGGCGCAGCCUGGGAUGGGGAUGGACUCCACCCAGAACUUGCUGCAUCAGCGGCUGCUCCAGCAGCAGCAGCAGCUUCCCCCACAGCAGCAGGCCGUCCUCAAGCAGCAGAUGGGCUCUCCUGCCCAGCCCGGCCCCAUGAGUCCCCAGACCCACCUGCUGGCUGGCCAGCCCCAGGGUGGAGCCCACCUUCCAGGCCAACCCACGCUAGCCAACGCCCUCAACAACCAAGUCCGCUCCCCUGCACCGGUCCAGUCCCCCUGUCCGCCCUCCCAGCCUCAGCAGCGGCCACAUUCCAGCCCCUCACCGCAGGUCCAGAACCAGCCGCAGCCCUCACCACAACACCCUCAUCCGCCACACUCGGCUUCUCCGCAUCCAGGACUUGGGGGUCCACUCUCGGCGUCUAUGGAGCAGGGACACUUGGGGACACCAGAACAGAGCGCCAUGCUACCGCAGCUUAACACGCCCAACAGAGGGGGACUGAACAGUGAUUUGGUGAUGGUGGGAGAUGCUACAGGGGACACUUUGGAGAAGUUUGUGGAGGGAUUGUAGCAUUUUUGCUGGGAACUGAAGAUCACAGUCUUGCUCCCAGGGUCCCAGUCCUCUGCGCCCCCCUCAGACUCAAGACCCCCCCCAACCCCCCCCGUCAGAGGGCUUUGUUUGUUCUUUCUAAGGUUGAAAACGUUCUUUUGUACCGACGUGUAAAAAGUUUCAACUGUUGUAAAAAGAAAAAAGAAAAUUUGGUUUCAGAAACAGAAAAAUGCUUUUCGGGGGAUUGUCGUCAUGGUAACCUGAACCCAACUGAUGGGUGUUUUCUUCCUGAAGAUGUUUGAGGGAUUGAAAAGUUUCUUCUUCAAUGAAAUUAAAAUCACAAAGAAUAUAUUUUUUGUUUGAGACCAAAUGUGUUCGAUACUCAGAUUAUUUUUGGUUUGUUUUUUGGUAUGGUGUCACGCCUCUUCUCGUUUCUUUUCUUCUUUUUUUUUUAAAGAAAAUGUACAAUUGCAUUAUAUUAUUCAUAUCUUUUUAUUUUGUACCUUUUGGAAAAGAAACUUCAAAAAACAUAUUUGUGUUGAAACUGUAAAAUAAUUUGUCUGGGAAGAAGUGCGCCCGGUUCUCACGCUGUCAUUGCUGGCUGAUGUAAUCUAGUGUUGUACCAUUACUCCGAGACGUGGCGUUCAGGGACAACCCCUUUCCUCUUUGUGUAUGAAGAGCACUCAGUUGUAUUAAAAUAGGAAAUGGACUGCGGGCAUGUAUGCAGGCGCACAUGAACACACACACACACACACACACACGCACACACGAACACACACACACACACACACACACACACACACACACACACACACACACACACACACACACACACACACACACACCGAGGACUGCAGCUACGUCUCCGUGACCUUAAAUCCAACAACCAAUCAAACAUCCGUCUCGCUGGUGUAGAAAACUGUUGCUUUGACAUCUAAAAAAAAAAAAAAAGAAUUUGUCAUACUUUUUUUGUCAUACAAAUGUUGUAAAGUGUAAAGAGAGUGUGAGAAAGAGCGCAGCCCCCUAAACUGAGGUGGAAUGAUCGCCACGUAAUCCCCGCCCCCGCCAAUCCUGGAAGUUUUACACUAAACUGUGUGCGAUCAUGGGAUGAGGGGCACGUCUGAGGAAAACUUAAACGUUAUCCACCCUCGUUCCUCUCUCACAAAACUUGAAUUUGGGGGUUUCAACUUUUUCUCCUAUUGUACAUCAAGUAAUGAAGCAGAAUCUAAAUAUACGGCAGAGAGAAUGAAAUCACUGUAUAAACUGAUAACAGACUCAUUUCUUACUUGUAUACCAUAUUGUUAAAUAAACUGUGUGCAACAGAAGAGCAGAACUCUGUUGUCUAAAUGAUGA